UAUAUUUUUAUAAUAUUAGAGCAUAAAUUUUAUUAUAAGGUAAGAAUGUUUUUGAUGAUAAAAGUGGCAAUUUUAUAUAUUGUAUGCAGCAUUAAGUCAUUUAUUUCAAGAGAGCUUAUUGAAAUUCCAUAUAAAUUUUAUUAUCCUCAUGGUGAUGUGUAUUACUUUAGUACUACAUAUUUAGAUCUCCCAUAUCAUUAUAAACCAGUGGAUAACGAAUGGUGCAGAGAAAAAUGUACAAGUUUGGGAUUUACUUAUCAGAAAUCAAUUAUGAAUCAGAAGUUAACACCAAACAAGAUUCCAGUUGAAUUUUAUUUUAAUAAAAAUGGACUUUUCGAUGUUUUGUCAGAUUUAAUAUGCAGGGACAGAAAGUUUAGUCUAGAUAUGUAUAGAAAUACUUCUAUAAAUCGUUUAAAAAAUAAAGAUAUAAAGAAAUUUGUUAGGAAUAGCAGAAGAUUUCAAAAAAACAUAAAACCAGGUGUUGAAAAUAUCAUAUGGGAAUUGGAUAUAUUUGCUGCAGCUUAUUAUUUAGAUGUGUGUAUUUAUUUAUUUGAAGAAUAUAAAAACAUUUGGAUAUACUUCCGAAAAGGGUGGCCUCAAUAUAAAAAAGUUGAUAUGAAAAAUGAAAAAUGCAUUUAUUUAUACACAUGUGAAAAUUAUAUUGGUGUUGUUACUAAUGUUACUGGACCAUACUAGAUAAUUUUAUUAUGUACUAAUAAUUUCAUAAAUGAAAACAUUCAAUACUGAAAAAUAUUUAAGUUAAUAAAUGGAUUUAAAUUAUGCAAUAAUAAAUAAGUAAAACCCAGCGCAGUGGAGACAAGUAUAGAUGAUAUAUGACAGUGAUUAAAUUCACUAUCACAAAAAAUGCUUUGAUGAAAAUUUGUUAAUAGUGUUUUAAUUAAAAAAAAAAAAAAAUAUUGAAAUAUUCCAAAAGCUAUACGAACCCCUACUUUCCUUGUUUAAAUCACAAUUACAAGAUACAUAAAUUAUAAAUGUAAUACAUAAAUAAAUAAUUAUUUAAGUAAUUAAUUUUAGUAUGAAAUUCACAUUAA